GGCUGCCGAAGUGGAACACGUGAACUUAACUGCUGUGCCACCAGGCUGGCCCCUGUUCUCUUUUUUUUGUCCAAGUUUGUCUUCUUAAAAUUUCAGAAGCAACAUAUGCUCACUGUAAAAGUCAGUGUGGAUAGUAGCGGUGUGUCAGACGCCAUGCCACGAGGACAGUGAUCUCCCCCCACCCCGUUUGCACAAUGGAGGACUUGGGGAAGUCCUUCGGCUCUGAGGAGGAAGAAGCUAUCUAUUGGAAAGAUCUGGCCAUGACCUACAAGCAGAGGGCGGAGAACACGCAGGAGGAGCUGCGAGAAUUCCAGGAGGGAAGCCGCGAGUACGAAGCCGAAUUGGAGACGCAGCUGCAACAGAUUGAGACCAGGAACAGGGACCUCCUGUCGGAAAACAACCGCCUCCGCAUGGAGCUGGAAACCAUCAAGGAGAAGUUUGAAACGCAGCAUUCCGAAGGCCACCGGCAGAUCUCAGCCUUGGAGGAUGACCUUGCCCAGACAAAAGCAAUUAAAGAUCAACUGCAGAAAUACAUCCGAGAGCUGGAGCAAGCAAACGAUGACUUGGAAAGAGCAAAACGGGCCACGAUCAUGUCUCUGGAAGACUUCGAGCAACGCUUGAAUCAAGCCAUUGAAAGAAACGCCUUCCUGGAGAGCGAACUCGAUGAGAAGGAGAAUCUCCUGGAAUCUGUUCAGCGACUGAAGGACGAAGCCAGAGAUUUGCGGCAGGAAUUGGCUGUGCAGCAAAAGCAGGAGAAACCCAGGACCCCCAAGCCCAGCUCGGUGGAAGCUGAAAGGACAGACACAGCGGUGCAGGCCACUGGCUCCGUGCCGUCAACUCCCAUAGCUCAUCGAGGACCCAGCUCUAGCUUCAACACACCUGGGAUGUUCCGACGUGGUCUGGACGACUCCACCGGGGGGACCCCCCUCACGCCUGCAGCCCGGAUAUCGGCCCUCAACAUCGUGGGAGACCUGCUGCGGAAAGUGGGGGCGCUGGAGUCCAAGCUUGCAUCCUGCCGGAACUUCGUCUACGAGCAGUCCCCCAACCGGACAAGUGGCCCAGCCGUAGGGCGGGGGAGCAAGAACAGAGACGGCGGUGACAGACGGCCCAGCAGCGGCAGUGUGCCUCUGGGUGAUAAAGGGAGAGAAAAUUGAGACCCAGUGGGAAACUGCUCCUGACUCUUAAGAGUCACUCCUGUUACUCUCUGGGCCCCGAUGCUAGCCAGUCUGUAAUGUCUGCUUAACUUGGUUUGCUCUGUCUGAAGGUUGGGAAAACGCCUGGAAUUUGGGAAGCCGCCUUCAAAUAUUUCCUCACCAUCGCUGCCGCCAGCCCAGGGUGUAGUCAAGAUGUUGCUUUAGGACAUUUCACGGAAGCCGGAGUCCCUGGUUGUCUGUGUGGGAGUUGUUACCAUUUCUUCCCUACCUUUCUUUAAACUAGGUUUUUGGGUUUUUUAGGUUAGUUUGAGGAAUAGAAAGCAAGCAGUCACACUAGCCAGUGACUGAGGCCAUCACCUGUGGCCCCUGGUGGCUGUCCUCCCGGGAAAUGUCUCAGAAUCUCCAGCCUCUUUUUGUGGUGUGUUGCAAACGGACGGGGGCAGACUGGACCCUCUGGAAGGGCUCUGAGAUGUGGGUGCCGAGGCUGCCCUGUCCUUUUGAGCUCACCCGAGUCCUGAUUGGUCUUGAGAGGUGUUUUUUUUAAAUGUCUGGAGAUGCCUUAAAAGUUGGAUCUGAGCCCAUCUCAGGUUCAGUGCAGCCCCCACUCGGCUGGGGCUGUCUUCCAGAGCAAAAUCUCCGAAUGCUCUACGUAUGGCCCAGCAAGGAUGGGUGCCCUGACACCACGUCCAGGAGCAAGGGGUGGAACAGGCAGGGGCAUUUUGAAACUGUGGUGUGUGGACCUCCAAGACUUUUUAAUCUGCCUCUCCUCGAGCGUUUCGAGGUGUGCUUGAGUUUUAGUAUAAAUUGCGUGUGGACCAGGUCAGUGGAAAAUCUGUGUCCUCUUUAUAUCAGUCCUGACCGCUCAUUUUCCUGAGCCUUUCUGCCUGGCCUGGAGGUGACCUCUGUGUCAGGACCCAGAGGGUCCUUGGGGUGGAGUGGCCUUGGUAAUGCAGCCCCUAAGAACGGGACUUCAUUCAGAGCCAUAAUGAAACGAUCAGGGUGACCUUCAAAUGAGAUGAAACCAGCAGGAGUGUUCUUGGAAGCUUCCUCGUCACAGAAGAAAAGAAAACAGGACAUCCAAGUAGACGGUGGACUCGCUCACCCCUGCUCGUGGUGAAUUGUUGUCAUGCUUCCGGAUGCAAGUAAAAGGAACAUAUGAAUUCAGGAGCACGCAUGCGGCUUAACACCCUUCCUUUUGUUACUAAGUUAUUUUUCCAAAAGAACAGCAAAAAUAUCCUUGUGUUGAAAAUAGACCUUUCCAAGUGCUGCUGAAAUUCAACAGCGAACUAAACUUCAGUGCCCACUAGUUACCCUAGAAACAUUCUAACCUGUCUCGCUAAAAGAUGUACUUUUAUUUUUUUAAAAGCACAAUAAAAUCAAGGGAAACUCACA